AUGUAUAUUAAAUAAUAACUCCUUAAAUAGUAGAUUCCUUCUUAUUAGCAUUCAGAUGGCACUUGUUUCUGCUCUGUGUGUUUGUGCAGCAAGUGUUACUGCAAAUAAAAGCCGUAACAAACGCAUUACAUUAAUGAACCAAAAUCAAUCUAUAAUAUCGAUUACGAUUCAAGAAGAACCCCCAUUAAACAUUCCAGAUUGCCCAAUCAGAAUUACCAAGGCAGACAAAAGGCUUUAUCACUUCAUUCUGUUUACAACGAUGAUUUCGAUAAAAAGCAGUUGAACAAAUCAUCACUUGAUAAUAUACAAUAACCAUAGAAUAAUUCUUUCAGCAUUCCUUUUUGUGGUUGUAACUCGUAUGCACUCUAAUACCCAGGUAAAACUUCUAUGCCUCCUCAACUAUUAAAACCACUAAAUUAAAUUCAAUUACUCCCUGCAAAACUAGACCUCAAAUCAAGUUAUCAAAGAGAACACAGACAUUACAAAUUAGAUCAAGAUAAAAUCAUCAAUUUCUCCAAAAUUACAAAUCAAAGAUUACAUACCAACUCUAAAGAAAAAAACAUCUAUUUGAACUCUAGUUAUUAAGAGUAAUACAAAGGAUUAACUGCGAAAAGAGUUUCUUAAUUGCCCGUCCAAUCAACCUAUUUGCCUUUUGGACUAAGUAACCAAGGCGUAAAUCUUUAUGUUAGUACAAAUAAACAAGAUUAUGAAGAAUAAAGGCAAUAUUAAUGUGAAGCAGAAGAAAAAUUACAACAAUUAAGCAAUUAAUUAUUAUAAGAACAUUGA